CACCAGUUCCAAUCCCAUUCUUGCUGCAUUGGGGGCGCCAAAAGAAGUUGCCAGGGAAGCUGUGCAAUGUGGACGUAAAAUAGGGGGAAAGCAGCUGUUCAGGUCAAUUGGAUGCAAGCUGCAUGGAGCUCUAGCAGUGGCAUUGCUGUCGCGGCGCGCUUUUGAUUCGGCAGCGGUACGAGCGAACACCAGCUUCUUAGUUGUUUCGUUUGAGGGGGUUGCAUCAGAGUUUAUUGGCAGGCUGUCACGGCUUAAGAGUGUCAGAGCUUCCUGUAUUGAAAAUCUGAACCACUUUCGGAUUAAGGUUUGGCAGCAUUCUGGGUUGCCCCUUUCAAGAUCCACGUACUUUCACUGUGGCCAGAAGCAUAACCGACAGGAAGGUCUGGCAGUGAUUCGGACUGAGAGGAAUGCAAGGAGACCGGUGGCAUUGCUGCUGUGUAUCAGCAGAAGUUCUUAUCAAUUGCCCCAAUUGCUGGUCUUGAAAGACUUGGAGAUCUUCAGUAGGGUUUCUCAGUGCCGACAUUGAAAUUACUUUUGAGCUGGCAGACCUACUGUAGCAUUUCCAUCACGGCAGUCAGAUACUGUCUCUCUACUCAGAGUCCUCUCGAGUGAUGGGGACUUUCAGUGAUCCUCCACCUUGCCCCGAGGAACAGCUGAUUCUCGACUUCUUCGAGGCUGUCAAUGAUAAGGAUUCUGAUAGGCUGCUGAAGAUGUUCCAUCCAGACUACGAGUCGGAGCAGCCGUGCUACCCAACAAGGAACUUCAAAGGAGGGGAACAGGUGUUGAGAAAUUAUGAGGCGUUGUCCAAGUUCAAGAGCGUGAAGUACACUGUUCACCGGACCGCUUUUAAGCAAGAAGGCCCGGGGCGGGUUACGGGGUUUGUGGAGUGCAGUCUGCAGGAUGCAGAGAACAAAGUCAAUGUCAAGGGGGUGUUCAUUUAUGAAACACAGGACAAACUGUUGCGAAAGGGGAGUUUGUACAUGACGCCUGUUCAGAGUUCUGGGCACUCGAUCGCCGAGCACUUCCGGAUUGUGUCAGAGAAGGGCAAGUGGUAGAUAGCUUUGCAAGCUCAUUGCGCGAGUAGGUCUUCCUCCACAAAAACAAGUCAACGUCUUGCCGACUGUCAAAGGUAGAGUUGUGCAAUAAAGGUCAGCGGCGGAGCAACCCAGGUGUGAAAGCAUUAGCAAAAAUAAAGCGAUUCUUCAUACCUGUUCUUGCGUUGAACAGUAGGGCUAAGGCUGUCUAAGUGGCAUGCUUAUGGUGCACAUGCAGUGGCAAGUCGCAAAACACCUACGCAACUAAAAUAGAUCUGCAGGCUAGUCGCGUGCACUGAACUUAUUUACUCGGCGUGAAACACAUUUUGAGUAUGCAGACUUUGCUCGAUUGUAGCACUUUCAGAAUGUGCUGUUGACAGACCGUAAGAGGACAUUUGUCAGCGUCCGGUCCGGCGUUUUAUCUCUCCUGG